AUGGCACCUUUGAAGACAUUUACACGCGAUGAAGUAGCUCGCCAUUCGUCUGAGGGCGAUCUAUGGAUUGUCAUUGACGGCGAGGUUUGGGACAUGAGCAUGUUCGUUGACAUGCACCCAGGUGGUGUAUCUCCCAUCAUGCAAUAUGCCGGCAAGGAUGCAACAGAUGCCUUUUAUGGUUUGCAUCGUCAAGAAGUGCUCCGCAAAUAUGCACGCUACAAGAUUGGUACUAUUGAAGGCGAAAAGCAGCAAAUCGAGUUCCGUGAACCAGGCAGUCUUUCCAAGGUUCCUUAUGCCGAAUCAAGUGCUUGGAUGGGCUUCCGAUCCCCAUACUUCAAGGAAACACACUUCAAGUUCCGUACCGCUGUUCGCAAGAUUAUGGAUGAACUUGCACCAGAAGCUCGUGAAUUUGAAAUCAAUGGUGAACGACCCAGCAAUGAGUUUAUGGAAAAGAUGGGUGCAUCUGGAUUGUUGGCAUGCAACAUUGGUCCUGGUUCAUUCCUUCGAGAAUUCAAUGUCCAACUUCCUGGUGGUGUGGCUCCUGAAGAAUAUGAUUACUUUCACGAGAUGAUCGUACAUGAAGAAAUGGCACGUUGGGGCACACGUGGAACUGAUGAUGGCGUCAUUGGUGGCAUGACCAUUUCUUUGCCCACAGUGCUCAACUUUGGCUCCCCCGAACUCAAGCGCAAAAUCGUACCCGAAGUAUUGGCUGGUCGUAAGCGUAUGGCCCUUGCAAUCACUGAGCCCUAUGCAGGAAGUGAUGUUGCCAACAUCCAGACCACAGCCACUCGUACUCCUGAUGGAAAGCAUUUUAUCGUCAAUGGUGUCAAAAAGUGGAUCACUACUGGAUGCUGGGCAGAUUACUUUUCGGUAGCUGUGCGCACUGAGAAGGGUAUCUCCAUGCUUUUGAUUGAACGCAGUGAAGGUCUCGAAACCAAGCCUAUCAAGACAUCCUAUUCGCCUGCAGCUGGUACGGCUUAUGUAUCAAUGGACAAUGUCAAGGUCCCUGUGGAAAACUUGCUUGGCAAAGAAGGUCGUGGUUUCCUUGUUGUUCUCUCCAAUUUCAACCAUGAACGAUGGGUCAUGUUGACCGGAUCUUCUAUGGGUGCUCGUAUCGCAGUUGAAGAAUGCUUCAAGUGGGCCAUGCAACGCAAGGUAUUUGGCAAGCGAUUGAUUGAUCAAGCAGUUAUUCGUGCCAAGUUGGCCAAGAUGAUUGCCAGCGUUGAAAGCGUCCACAGUUGGAUCGAAAACAUCACAUAUCAAAUGUGCCACAUGAAUUAUCGUGAGCAAUCUGAAAAGUUGGCAGGACCCAUCGCAUUGUGCAAAUACCAGGUGACACGUAUGCUACACGAGGUUGCUGAUGAAUCGGUUCAAAUCUUUGGUGGGCGUGGUAUUACCCAAACUGGAAUGGGUCGCAACAUUGAAUUGCUCAAUCGAACAUACAAGUUCUCGGCCAUUUUGGGUGGAUCAGAAGAAAUCAUGGCUGAUCUUGGCGUACGUCAAGCGAUGAAAAAGUUCCCCACGGAUGCCCGUCUCUAA